AGAGAGAGAGAGAGAGAGAGAGAGAGAGAGAGAGAGAGAGAGAGAGAGAGAGACAGUGGAGAGAGAGAGUGAUCUAGAAUCCAGAGAUGAAACCUCCUCUCAGCAACAAGAAGCCGAAUUCUUUGUUGUCGUCGUCUUCCUAUUCUGUUUUGCUUCUAGCUUUUGUGGUGCCAUUUUUUGUGAUAUCAGUGCUGGUUUGCAGUUUGGGCGUCACGAGUUCGCUUUCGUGGUCAUGGGGAUUCGGCAACGUAUUGGAGACUGAAGACUAUUCUUCUUCUUCAUCAGCUUUCUCUGCAACUGCAACACCACCAAGGCCUCCUCAGGUUCUUAAAGCCGCUAAACAAGGUCAUAACAACACUUCUUCCUCAAAAUCAAAUGAAACAGUUGUCCCUCGUCAAAAUAUCGGAGAAAAACAAGGGAUGGUGUGGAUUACAGAAUCUGAUGAAAUUAAUGGGACAUCGGCUAUAAUAACUAGUACAUCAAUAAAGAGAUAUAGCAGGUUGGAGAAACUUGAAGCAAAUUUGGCCGGAGUCCGGGCUUCCAUAAGAGAAGCUGCUCGAGUCCGAAAUCUAACUUCUACCCAUGAAGAUCCAGACUAUGUUCCUCGUGGACCAAUUUACAGGAAUGCAAAUGCUUUUCACAGGAGUUACUUGAAGAUGGAAAAGCACUUCAAGAUAUAUGUAUACGAAGAAGGAGAGCCACCAAUAUUUCACAACGGUCCAUGCAAAAGCAUAUAUUCGACAGAAGGGAGAUUUAUUCAUGAAAUGGAAAUGGAGAAUAUUUACAGAACAAGAGAUCCAGAUCAGGCCCUCGUUUAUUUUCUUCCCUUCAGCGUGGUGAUGCUGGUGCAGUACCUGUACGUGGCCGACUCCCACGACACUCAGCCCAUCGGGCGAGCUGUCGUCGACUAUGUCAAUGUCAUUUCGGAUAAGCAUCCCUUUUGGAAUCGAAGUCUUGGUGCUGAUCACUUUAUGCUUUCUUGUCAUGAUUGGGGGCCGAGCACAUCUGCAUAUGUUCCUCAUUUAUACCAAAACUCCAUAAGAGUACUAUGCAACGCAAACACAUCCGAAGGAUUCAACCCUUCAAAAGAUGUCUCAUUUCCAGAAAUCCAUCUCCGAACGGGGGAAACCAAGGGACUUCUCGGUGGUCUCUCCCCAUCCCGAAGGUCGAUUCUUGCCUUCUUCGCAGGCCGGCUUCAUGGCCACAUAAGGUACCUGCUUCUAAACGAAUGGAAAGAAAAAGAUCAAGACGUGCAAGUUUACGACCAACUCCCCAACGGUGUAUCCUAUGAAUCAAUGUUGAAGAAGAGCAGGUUCUGCUUGUGCCCUAGCGGUUACGAAGUGGCAAGUCCGAGAGUGGUGGAAGCCAUAUACGCAGAGUGUGUUCCGGUGUUGAUUUCGGACAGCUAUGUCCCACCGUUCAGCGAUGUUCUGGAGUGGAAGUCGUUUUCUGUGCAAGUGCAAGUGAAGGACAUACCAAACAUCAAAAGGAUACUGAUGGGAAUAUCACAAAGUCAGUACUUGAGAAUGCAGAGGAGAGUGAAGCAGGUGCAGAGGCAUUUUGUGGUGAAUGGACCUUCCAAGAGAUUCGAUGUUUUCCAUAUGAUUGUUCACUCCAUUUGGCUCAGGAGGUUGAAUAUCCGCAUUGAGGAUGAACGAGUUGAGUAGAAUCUUUUUACUUCAGUCCUAUAUAUUACAUGCAUGGUAGUAUGGUACAUGGCAUGGGACCAUAACAAUUUUUCGCUUUUCCAAUUGGGGCAAAGUAGAAUAAAAAUAAUAAAUAUAUA